AGGUUAGGGUUACAAAUGUCCGUCUUCCUCUGCCCCUUGCUUUGAGGCUCUCACGCAACGUUCUUACGAUGGUCCGACUAAUAACCCAUAACUUGCUAGCCUGUCACGUCAAAGGCUGUAAUACGAACAAUUUUCCUCUGCAAUUCCAAGAUGUGCAGAUAGAAUUGAGGGAAGCGGACUUCAAUGCCGAUUUUCUGCGCGGUUUCCUACCUAAGAUCGAGUGGAAUGCGUUGGUAGAUGCGGCCAGACAACUCGGCGACACCUCCUUACCACAAGAGCAGCCGACCAUGAUCGACGAUGACUUUCUGAAAGCACUGCAUCAUGUCCUACUGGAGAUCCAUGUUGAAGAAGGAGCAAUGGUGUGCCCAAACUGCAAACACGUCUACCCGAUUGCCAGCGGAAUUCCGAAUAUGCUGCUGGCGGAGCACGAGAUCGGCUGAUGUAUUCGGUUCUCUGUCCCUUUAAGAGAGGAAGGCGAAUAAAAUGAUCAAAAUGGCUACCUCAAGUGGGUUGGGAUGAAUGAGACCACCUGGCCAUCUCCCGACAUCAAGCUGAUGCUGCAGACGUCCCGAGCACCCGACGUUCAAUAGUGGUGGCUCGCAGCAGACACAUCCUCACCGGCACUCGCGGCUGUACUUUGAAGGGUUGAUAGCGUAGGUAGCAAGUCAUAGUUUAUGUCGCAAAGAUGGUUAUAUUAUCAAGAUGUACCGGGCAUGGUAGAAGUUCGAUUUGACGAGAAAAUAUAUAAUAACGGCAUCUGCAGUCACGUAC